AUGCUUGAAGACCAUCAAAAGCUCCGCAUUGCGUUUCUGGCGUUUAUUCGCGUGAAAUUAUCCGGAACGGUCGUGAACCCGCGACCGUCGGGGUCGACGCACCCGCGGGCUGCUGGGAUAGAUGAAAAAAACCGCGAUCAGAUUUCAUGGCGCUGCGCCGACCCGCGGAACGAUACAGAGCGUGAUACAAUCAUUUCUGACCACAGAGUAUAA